GGCAAAUAAGUCAAAAUUUUUUGACCCAAGCACAUACACACAUACAUACACACAUAUAUACACACACAUAUCCACACACGCGCACAUACACACACACACGAAUCUUGUCAUCUUACAUAUAUUAGAUCCGCCAGCACCGACAAUCAUUGGAUCGAUGUUAACAUAG